CUGUCGGUCUCAGUGCGUAACGCGAUCGAGGAAGAAGUUGUGAGAGCCACGCUCAAGGUCAGGCUCAAUAAGGUGAACAGACCCACUUCCCUAAGUGUGUACGAAGUCGAAGGACAGAACUUCGAGACCCGAAGGUUGCUUGGAUCAAGGACGAUCCAUGUCUCUGAGGACGCACGACCCACGGAAUGGAUCGACCUUGACGUUGUGUCUGCUCUUCGCAAUGGAAAAGAUACGGUCGCAUUCCUCAUCGAACAUCCUGAUGCCACAAUCUAUUCGUCGGAACCGCACUCCAUGUCUUCACUUCCGAUGACACGGCAUACAAGCCUUCCGUUGAUUGUUUACAGGUGCGUCUCUGCUCUGCUAUCACAUAGUUGA